ACGCAAGAUGAGCGAGUGCAGCUGCGACUUGUCCUUAUCUUGUCUUUAUAUCGACUUGCGAGGCUCUGGAGGCAGCACUGCCCCUAAGGGUCGCUACAAAACGAGUGAGCUAGCACAAGACGUACUGGAAGUAUUGGAUCAUCUCGGAGGGCGGUGGAUUCAGGAUCGCAGUGUGCACCUCGUAGGAGAGACGUUUGGCGGUAUGGUGGCGCUCGAGUGCGCCCGGCAGUGCGUGGACCGUUGGGCUAGCUUGGUCCUGCUGAGUACGCACAGCGGUCGCUCGUCUGGCAAAGGCUUGCUCGAUACUUUACCUCCUUGGACUGGGCAACGAGCAGUGGGCCAACUGCUCUUGCUCCAGUCAGCUGGCUGGGACGACGCAGCCACGAGAGCCGCGCUCUUUGUCAAGACACUCUUUCCCAAGAAGUGGCUCGACGAGAUGGUAGAGCAUGCGCGCACUCACCGCACUCGCAGGCACGUUAUAAUCGAGGCAUUUCAGCUCAACGCCCGCAACACGACCAAGGUCAGCAUACACGCAGCUGUAGGAAGAAUAGCAGCGACGAUGACGCAUCACAUUCCAGACAAGGAUUUGAAAAUGAUCGGCGAGAGGGUGCCGUACGUGGCCAUCGUUACGGGCGACGACGACGACGUCAUCAAACCUUGCAAUUCGGUGCACCUCGCAAAGGUCAUGUCCUCGGCCAAGUUGACGGUGCUCAAAGGCGUGGGUCACGCUGCGCACAUUCAAAGUCCUUCCGCCAUCGAUCGAAUCUUGAAAGAAGCAAUUGCGAGUCAAAGCUGAAAAAGGGUGUCUCAUUCAGUGGUCAUCGUUUUGUGCGGCUCAGUGGGCCUCUUUCCUUGCCUUUCAUAUGAAUUUACGCAGCCACGGGAAAUGACAAGUACAUAGAAUGGAAGCUGGCCUGAGGAAGCGGUACGACUGUAGACAAG